CAAAUCAAAGUUAUAUAGCCAUGCAGUUCAACGCUCAGCCUGCUGUCCAGGAUGCACGUUUCGCUCCAGACGAUACUAAUGGCACUGCUCCGACCGUCCCUGACAACGAUCAGUCUGCCACAUCUGCCACGAGACAACAUGUCGAUAUCGACAGGCAGUGUGGUGUUCCCAGGUUCAACGGCGUUCCAUGCGCUUCUCCUCUGAACUGUCGCUCACACAGCAUGCACGACAAGCGUAGCGUACCUGGCAGAAGCGCUCCGCUAGACCAGCUUCUUGCUCAACAUCAGCAAGAGCUGCCGCAGAUUCCUCCAAACACUCAACAAUGAACGCCCGAGUGGACUUAUGACCAACAACUUAUGAACUGAAGUUAUGACCAGGGAUUGGAAUGGACGGCACUGGCACUGGCACUGGCACUGGCACUGGCACUGGCACUGGAAUGAUUGAAGUAAUGAUUGAUUAUUAGGUGAAUUUGAUCUAUGGUAUCCAAGACUCGCAAUACACAUUAGCGCGCUCCAGUCCAUUAACCAGCGCAAUACCAUGACCCUAUAACGCCUAGCCAUCGCCUCUUGCCUCGUACAAGUCGUGAUAAUAUAGUACAGGAAUACGAAAAAAUAAUGUCGAUGGACCGCUGGUCGACAUCGUCAUCAAAGGAUUUGUUGUACAACAGACUCCAUGCUGAG